GCUGCAGCGAGCAGACCUCAAGGACAUGCUGACCGAAGGCCAGAACAUGACUCUAUUUGUGCCAUCGGAACAAGCCAUCGGCAACCUGAACAAAGACGACCGGGAUUACUGGCUGGCCGUCAGCAACCUUCCAAGUCUGGUCAAGAGUCACAUGGUUUCUGGGUUCUUUGCUUUGGCUGAGCUCCGGAGUUCACCUUCUCCAGAACUAGUUUCCCUUUUGAAAAAGACACUUCCUGUUUCCUGGACCAAUGAGACCACCAGAGUGGCUGGAGCUAAAAUUGUAUCAGGAGACAUUGUUGCCAAGAAUGGAUUCAUUCACCUGAUUGACACAGCAAGUGUUAAAAAAACCCUCAAAAAUGCAGUGGAAUCCUCGUACUGUUAUGUAGUGGAAAUGAUAGACUGGUGUUUCUUUGCCAGGUUCUCAUCUCUGAUUGUAAGGUUUACUUGA